AUGAAGUUCUCCACGUUCGCCGUCGUCGCCUGGGCCGCUGCCGUCCAGGCCAACCCUGAGCCCACACCGAUGCCUGACAUCAUCGCCGACGCGUCCAGCUUCAUCGGAAACGCGAUCCCCAACGCGGCGACCUUCAUCAGCGGCAUCGCCCCCGCGGCAGGUGGCAUCAUCUCGGACGCCAAGUCGAUCGCGAGCAAGGUCGUGCCCGGCCUCGGCUCCGAGUGGGCCAGCAUCACGAGCAGCUUCGGCGCCAAGCAGUCGAGCCUCAGCAGCGUCCUCGCCACCGCCACCGACAACGCGGUCAAGAGCAGCAUCAACGCCGAGCUCAGCAAGGCCGCGGCCGGGCUCGCCGCCGCCAGCAACAGCCUCGUUGCCGCCGCCACCACCACCUCGAGCAGCUCGGCGGGAGCGGCGGCGCCUGCGCAGACGGGCGUCGUCGCCAUCGGUGCCCUCCUAGGCGGUGCCGCCGUCCUCGCCAACAUGUAG